AUGAUAGCGACCUGUGCGAAGCGAAAGACCGUGUUAUCAGGAAGCCGGUGUGUCGGGCGGCUAGCAGAGCCGUUAUUACGAGCAUCUGGGGCUCGUCUUGCCCCGGCGGCUAUCGAUACCAGUAGUAUCCAGGUCGGUCUGGGAAGUGUUAUUGUGAGAAGAAGUUUGUCAUCCAGCAGAAAUGUUGAUUAUGUGAAUGGGAUCAAAGGGGAUUUGAAAUCGAGUUUUGUUGGUCGUAGCUUGAAUCAUGUUAGAGUGUUUAAUAGAACGUUUGCUAGUGGGCCACCGCCUUCAGUAGACAUGUCGGAGCCUGGCGGAGAGAAAUCGAACUGGAACAAUGGCAAGAUCGAUGCUAGUAGUCGUCCUUUACAUAUGACAGCUCAAAAUCAGAAACAAAACGAAAAGAAUCAGAGCGACAAGCAAGUGUCGACGGAAUCCUCUCAGGAUAAGAACAGUGGAGACGAGAAUCAGAAACAGCAGAGUGAAACAAGUAAUGAGUCUAAUAGCGAUAAUAAGGCUGAAAAGAGGGAAGAAGGCUCGACUGGUGAUAGAGAAACGCAAAAUCAGAGUCAGAAUCAGGGUGCAAAUACCGAUCCUCAACCUGAAGAACAUGUGACUGGUAGCUCGAGUCAAGACCAGACUCCAAUUGGUAUGAAUUCCUAUUUAAAUACUCCUGAAAGUUCUGGAUCCGGUAAUGCUGCUGCUGUUGGGUCAGAUAAUCUGUUUAACCCAGGAAAUAGCACCGGAUCGUUUACAGAGCCUACUACGUCGAUUGAGAUUGCUCUGCCUACUGAGAGAUCUGAAGGCUCUGGAAAUGAGGAUGCGUUUCAAUCGCAGAGAUAUUUCCAGUAUUUCGACACUCAAAAGAUAUAUUCAAGUUUGAAGUAUUCGGGCUACACGUCUGGUCAAGCUGACGUUUUGAUGCGAACCAUGAGAGAUUUGCUGUCCCGAGCGCUAACUGAGUGUCAAGAAAAUGCUAUUCCUCAGUGGGCUGCUGAAAAUGAAGCAUACCUUUUUGAAGCAGCCUGUUCUGAACUCAAGAAUGAGAUUCAGACGUCUCGUCAGGCUCAAGCUGAGCAAUUUAGAGCCGAUCUUGGUCGGCUACAACGAGAUGUGGAGCUUCUCCAGCAUGAAAUUGACGAAGUUAUGAAUACUUUGAAGAUGGAAAUAGAUAUGGAGAUAAACGAGCGCAAAAAUGCAACUAGAGCCGAGGAGAAUGCAAUUCAGCUCAAAAUCCAGGAACUCAACAAUAAAAUCACCAUCGAGAUCAAUUCCGAUGUCAAGUCGGAAAUUGAAGGGUUGAGAUGGCAGACCACUCGUAGAGGGUUGAUGGCGGUCAUAUUUGUAGCGUUUAUUCUGCUUGCUAAUAUCUCCAUCAACAAAAAGGACAGUAAACCUGUUGUAAAACGGCCUGAAGUGGUAUCUGGAGAAGAGAUAUACGUGCCAGUGCUGACGACUUCGGAAGUCGAUGAUGUCGAAGAUCGACGAGUCGAAACUCUCAGGUGA